CCGGCGAUCGAUUCUGCGCAGAACUGGCUCAUCUCGAACGAGCCUAUAGUUUACAUUUGCUAUAUGAUAUAAUGGGAUCUCUGUCAUGUGUUCUACAUAUAUACUUUUGGUUAUACAAUAACAAUAUGUAGGCCUACAUAAUAAGUAUUCCAAUACAUUUAUUGAGAUGUAAUAUAAGUUCUAUUCAUUUUCUGUUCAUAAUAAUAAUAAUACAAAAGUUCAAUUUCGAGUCGACUGUAGGACUCAUUUAUUAUCAGGCAAUAGUUUGGUCCGCACACCCAGCCCGGGUCCUUUCACAAUAACAACAUGGCUGCCCUCUGCAGGGGCAAACACCGGUGGAAAAGAACUAAUUGUUUACACGUUUUGACAAGAAACCUGACAGGGAACUACGACUAUGACCUGGUGGUUAUUGGUGGUGGUUCAGGAGGCCUUGCUUGUUCCAAAGAAGCAGCACAGUUGGGACAGAAAGUUGCUGUCCUGGAUUAUGUGGAGCCAUCUGUUAAAGGUACCAAGUGGGGUCUUGGUGGUACAUGUGUUAAUGUUGGCUGCAUUCCUAAGAAGCUCAUGCACCAGGCAGCUCUACUCGGCACUGCAGUCAAAGAUGCUCAGAAGUAUGGCUGGCAGAUCUCAGGGCCAAUCUGUCAUGACUGGGCCACCAUGGCAGAGGCUAUUCAAAACCACGUCAGGUCUUUGAACUGGGGUCACAGAGUUCAGCUCCAGGACAAGAAGGUGAAGUAUCUGAACAUCAAAGGAAGUCUGGUGGAUGAACACACUGUCAAAGGACAAACUAAAGCAGGGAAAGAGACGAUCCUGACUGCCAAGAACAUUGUGAUCGCCACAGGUGGAAGACCCAACUACCCCACACAGAUCCCAGGAGCAAUGGAGCACGGACUCACCAGUGAUGACAUCUUCUGGCUGAAAAAGUCGCCUGGGAAAACGCUUGUGGUUGGAGCCAGCUAUGUGGCUCUGGAGUGUGCAGGCUUCCUCACCGGCGUUGGCUUGGACACCACAGUGAUGGUCCGCAGCAUUGCCCUCCGGGGGUUUGAUCAGCAAAUGGCAGGUCUAGUCACAGACUACAUGGACGCAUAUGGGACCAAGUUUGCAUGGAAGUGUGUCCCAAAGAGUGUGGACAAACUUUCCUCAGGAGCCCUGCAGGUGACCUGGACCGACACCCACACAGGGAACGAGCACAAGGACACUUACGACUCCGUGUUAUGGGCAGUUGGCAGAGCCCCUGAAACCAAAGCCCUGGGCCUGGACAAGCUUGGCGUGCAACUCAAAAGGGAGACGGGGAAAAUCAUUUUGGGCUCUGACGAAUCCACCUCGGUGCCAAAUAUCUAUGCUUUUGGUGACAUCGGCGAGGGUCGUCCUGAAUUGACCCCGACGGCCAUUAAAGCGGGAAAGCUUCUCGCCCGUAGAUUGGCUGGACACAGCACUGAACUCAUGAACUACGACAACGUGCCCACCACUGUGUUCACCCCCCUUGAGUACGGCUGUGUGGGUCUGUCUGAGGAGGAGGCUGAGAAGAGGCAUGGGAAAGACGGCAUAGAGGUCUACCAUGCGUUCUACAAGCCUCUGGAAUUCACUGUUGCAGAGCGCGAUGCCAGCCAGUGUUACUUAAAGGUGGUAUGUGAGCGGGCUGGAGAGCAGAAGAUCCUGGGUUUGCACUUCACCGGUCCAAACGCAGGAGAAGUCACACAGGGCUUUGCUAUGGGCUUCCAGUGUGGAGCAACAUAUUCUCACCUGUUGCAGACAGUUGGCAUCCACCCAACCUGUGCCGAGGAGCUGACCAAGGUCAGCAUCACAAAGCGGUCCGGCUUGGACGCCACGGUAACCGGCUGCUGAGGUUAAGCACCUCAGUCUCUGAACACAAGUGAGCACACAGGGUCCUUCUGUAGCAGUAGGAAGAAGUUAGCCUGGGUUUCUCCUGCUCUCUCUCCUCGUCCCCCUCCUUUUUAUAUGGCUCAGUUUCACACUGCUCUCUCUGGGAACAUGGUCUCUUCAAGAUCAUCACUGGUUGCACAAGUUAGUUUACCAUAUAUGUACAUAUUGUGAGUGUAUCCUCUAAGAAUACACGGUUGCGGAUCAGGUUAGUGAGAGUUGUGGCAAGCGUCUUUUAAAUGAACAGGCUCAUCAAUCAGAAUUAAAGCCUGUGCUCAGGGUUUUGUUGAAAUCGUACGAAAACCGUGGACCGAACCUGUACGUUUUUCGGUGUGUGUUUAUAUUUAUAUAUAUAUAUAUAUUUCUGCAAAUAUAUAUAUAUAUAUUCUGCAAAUAUAUAUAUAUUCUGCAAAUAUUGUUGUUUCUCUGGCUGUACUUCCUGUCCAUUAGUCUUGGAGGUGACACAUACCAUACACCCCCACAACCCCCCCAUCCCUCCCCAUGACACUGAUGGAUGGCCCCAGGGCCGUCGCCGCAACACCGCCCCAUUUCCCAUGGACACACACAAACAGUUGGUGGGCCGCUUGUCAGUCAGGCAGCUAAGACCUGGCCAGGGAGCCCCGGCUUGUUUAGGCCCCAGCAGAUUCCAGCCCCCUUCCGUUUCCUCCAUACCCUUCUCUAACCAAAUGAAAGAACAGAAUGGCACUACAAAUAUUUGCUGUCACAAGCUGUGUGGAUGCCACAGGAAAACUCUACCUGUUGAUAACAGGGCUUUGAGAGCUCUACUAUAACUGUACUACUCAACAUCAUCCAAAGGUGGCACUAUUGCCCUCCCAAUUUACCCAUUUUAUUAUGGGCCAAGAAUGGAAGAUAAAGUAGCCAUUGGAUAAAAAAAUAAGCCUGAAUACGUUCAGGUUGCACAUUUAAUCCCUUUAAUCCCUAUAAAAGAUAUGUGCUCUUGGAUGACGUUUGAAAGCAGACUGGCUUUAUUGGUGCCAAACUGAUAAGGGUUAUCUGUUGUGUAUUUACAUGGAUGGCAGGGUAGACCUAAAGAGCCAUCACACUUAAAGAUAAGGCAAGUUGUUUAUACCAAUAAAGCAGUAAUAGCCCCCCACAGUUUGCCAAAGUGCUCAUGUGUUCAACCUGCUGGCUACACUGGACAUCUUGGGUUUAUUAUGAGGAGCAGGGCUGUCAAUAAAGGGGUUGCUACAGAAAUCAGGGGAGCUAAGAGGAGGCUGCUCGGCGUAGUUUAUUUUUAUUUGAAGUCUAAUGUGCCCAGUCUGAUUAAUGAAUUCGAUGAGGGGAGUGACAGUGUGCCAGGAGAUGGAGAGAAGAAAAAGAGAGAGAGAGAGAGAGAGAGGUACCAGGUUUAUUUGGCCCUGGGCCAGAGGAGAGAGAGCUGAGUUUCAGCCCUGGUUCGGGAGGGAAGGGGGAUUCCUGUGUGCUCUGUUCAGGGCUGAGGUGCUGACUGAAGGACCCUGACCUCCGCUCAGCAGGAACAGCUUGACUCUAUCACUCGGAGCACAGAGGGCUCAUAUGCUGCGGCGCUGCAAGGCAGGGGACU